AUGCAGCUGUGCGGCCGUCAGAAGGUGGUCCAGCGCAAGAUGGUGCUGCUAGGCGAUGGUGCCUGCGGCAAGACAUCUGCGCUAAAUGUGUUUACUCGUGGAUUCUUCCCGACGGUCUACGAACCUACGGUCUUUGAAAACUACGUGCAUGAUAUCUUCGUCGACAAUAUUCACGUGGAGCUCUCGCUAUGGGAUACCGCGGGCCAAGAAGAGUUUGACCGACUGCGCGCACUGUCCUACGAGGACACACAUGUUCUCAUGCUCUGCUUCAGUGUCGACAGCCCUGACUCCUUCGAGAACGUGUCAUCGAAAUGGAUCGCCGAGAUUAACGAGAACUGCCCGGGCGUACGCGUGGUUCUGACAGCACUCAAGUGUGAUUUGCGCAAGGACGAAGACAUGAACGACAACCCCAACUGCAUUAGCUUCGACCAGGGCCUAGCGAAGGCAAAGGAGAUUGGCGCCGUGAAGUACCUGGGUGAGUACUCUUCAAUUGAUCUAGACCUGAUCGCACGGCUCAUUUAUUCAGAAUGCUCUGCGGUCCAAAAUCGCGGUAUCAGAGAAAGCUUCUACGAGGCUGCCAAGGUUGCCCUCGAGGUGAACGCGGGCGGGAGCUCGUCUUCCGGUUCGAGCUGCAUCAUUCAGUAA